GACAGUGGCGAGACGACACUCCCCUUUAACAUCAGCAGCAACACUCUAACAGACUGACCAGCUCCCGUUCAGCCGCCAGAAGCAGAGCUCCCGCUGCGUGGAUGCGUGGAAGACCCCCUGGUCUGGUUGGAAGGGGGAGAAGUUUCCCCAAAGACGAGUCUGGAUCCAGCUGAGAGACGAUGCCUUCUUCCUUUAGACGGGUCUCACAGGUGGCUCUGUGGAUUUGCUGAUUUUUAUUUUAUUUUUUAAAAUUUCUUAUUUUUCCAAGUUAUUCAGCGGGGACAGGGAGAGAUUCUGAGUUAGAGGAUGCUCCCACAAGUCAUUCGGAUUUUGUAUGUCUUGUCUUUUUGCGUCUUCCAAGGAGGCUUCAUCAGAUUGAGCUCCUGUAAGGAGGAGACAAAGCCCCCCGGCCGGGCCGAACCACAGCUUUCACCUUCUGACUUCCUGGACAAGCUCAUGGGGAGAACGUCAGGAUACGAUGCACGCAUCAGACCCAACUUCAAAGGCCCUCCUGUGAAUGUCACCUGCAAUAUUUUUAUCAACAGCUUUGGGUCUAUUACAGAAACUACCAUGGACUACAGACUCAACGUGUUUCUACGGCAAAAUUGGAACGACCCUCGAUUGGCGUACAGCGAAUACCCAGACAACUCCCUGGACCUGGAUCCUUCCAUGCUGGACUCGAUCUGGAAACCUGAUCUGUUCUUUGCAAAUGAGAAGGGAGCCAAUUUCCAUGAGGUCACGACCGAUAAUAAGCUGCUGCGGAUUUUCCACGAUGGCAGCGUUCUGUACAGCAUCAGGUUGACUCUAAUCCUGUCCUGCCCUAUGGACUUGAAAAAUUUCCCAAUGGACAUUCAGACCUGCACCAUGCAGCUUGAAAGCUUCGGUUACACCAUGAAUGACCUGAUCUUUGAGUGGCUGUCUGACAACCCUGUUCAAGUGGCUGAUGAUCUCACACUCCCACAGUUUGUGCUGAAAGAAGAAAAGGACUUGGGUUACUGCACUAAGCACUACAACACAGGUAAAUUCACCUGCAUUGAGGUGAAGUUCCACCUAGAACGGCAGAUGGGUUACUACUUGAUCCAGAUGUACAUCCCUUCGCUCCUCAUCGUUAUUCUGUCCUGGGUGUCCUUUUGGAUAAACAUGGACGCUGCGCCAGCCAGAGUUGGUCUGGGUAUCACCACAGUGCUGACGAUGACCACACAGAGCUCUGGUUCUAGAGCUUCUCUGCCGAAGGUGUCCUAUGUGAAGGCCAUUGACAUAUGGAUGGCAGUGUGCCUUCUGUUUGUGUUCGCCGCCUUGCUGGAGUAUGCAGCCGUCAACUUUGUCUCGAGGCAACACAAGGAGUUCAUCAGGCUGAGGAAAAAGCAACGGCAGCAGAGAAUAGAGGAGGAACUCAUGCGGGAGAGCCGAGGAUUUUACUUCCGUGGUUAUGGACUCGGUCACUACCUGCAAGCCAAAGACGGGACCGCCGUGGAAGGGCCCACGGUGUUCUCCCGUUUGCCCCCAGUCACUAUAUACGACGGUGAAGUCCUUCACAAGCGUUUCGUUGACCGGGCCAAACGGAUCGACACCAUAUCCAGAGCCGUCUUUCCCUUGAGCUUUCUCAUAUUCAACAUCUUCUACUGGGUCACCUACAAAGUGCUGCGACACGAGGACAUCCAUGCAAACUUGUAAAACGCUUUCUGCUGACAUUAUGUUAAUGUUUUUUUCUCAGAACCAAAACUGCCUGUUUGACCCAUUACAGUGAGUAAAAAAAAAAAAAAAAA